UCUUUUCCAGUCUUUCAAGUGGUGCACAAGGAUACCCUAAUGAGAUCAUUACCCUGGGUACACAAGCCUAGCAUGGGUGACUGCGGAUUCGCUGCUUGAAGGAGAAACGAAACGCCAAGGAUUACAUCCAUUAAUGUUGGAGUGAGCCGCAGGACUGAUAAACAAUCGAAGUCUGUGCGGAUGAUUGGACAAACCCUGAGUACAGAAUGGCAAGUGUAAAGCAAUAAGGACGAUGUAAACAUUGGCAGACCUCUUUCCCUGUUACCUCCAUUUCUUCUAGCCCAUUGCCGCAGAGACAAAACGUGCGGAUUUCUCAAGGAACACCUGAUAAAAGAAAUAACUGGUUCAGAACAGGGAGUUCAGGGUUGUUGGGGUUUUUUUUUUGCAAUUAAUUUCAUCACAAGGAGACCCGCGCUUUUUUAGAAUGUGGAACUCCAUGUUAUGCAGGGAAGUUGGUGUUUUAAUUGCGCAGCCAGAGUUUCCACAUAUCUGCUGAAGUGAUGUGAUUGUUUUGUUUCCCCCUCGUCUGCGGCCAGGCUGCAGAAAUAUUCGUCGGAGGUGCCUGUGCAACUGAAGUUAAAUCAGCACCUAAAUCGCAUCUUCGACAGCGUGACGUAGCCGAUAACAUAGUUGAUAUUUUUUGAAAGAUUCCAGAUUCCACCAUUCUACCAGAUAUCCCAUAGCCCUGUAUGGUAGGAUAUCGCGGUUUAAUGUCGGCAUGACCUGUCUCUUCAAGACAUUGCUACAUGCGGCGGUCAGGAGUGAUGCCUCAUUCAUCAAGUUCAGCUCUGGAGUUUUUUUCCUGGCUCUAACCUUUUCUGGCAGUCGGCAAAUGUGAAUGACUUUCAUACUAAAUGAUAAUAUGAUCAAUUCAUAAAUGGGCGUUACCGUUAGUAAUGACAAGUUAGCAUGAGUCUUGGAAGAGCUUGCAGUGUAUACUGACACAAAGCAUGGGAGCAAAACAGACAAAGGGGGCUGAGGCUGGCCCGAGCCCUCAUCACGGUUGGAAACGGACACCGACAAAGGAGCGAAACGAUUUAUUUGCCUCGUUCAUGUUAAGGUCAGGGGACCGACUCAGCCGAGGCGGGACCCCUCCUCCUUACCAGCGACGUAUCGGGAUGAUUCAGGAGAUGAUGCUGAUGGCAAAGCAAGGAAAACAAGACGAGGCAACAGAGAUGCUGAAGACACUCCGACAGGAUUUAGGAAUGGAGUCCACGUCUCUGGAUGAUGUCCUUUACCGAUACGCAAGCUUCCGCAACCUGGUGGACCCCAUCACCCAUGACUUGAUCAUCAGCCUGGCCAAAUACGUCCACUGCCCCAAAACGGAGGGUGACUCGCUGGGUGCCAUGGAGAAGGUUUGCCGGCAGCUGACGUACCACCUGAGCCCGCAUUCCCACUGGAGGCGGCAGGGUCUGCUGAAGAGGAAGCCUCAGGCCUGCUUGAAGUCUGUUUUGUCCGCCCCCCCGGCCAGCGGGGCCUUGGACCUGUCGGGCAUUCCUCUGGCCGUGCGGGACAUGGAGCGCCUGUGCGCUCACCUCCAGCGCCACGCCUCGCGCAUCUGCAGCCUGGAGCUGGGCUUCACCGAGCUCACGGACGACGCCUUCCUGCUGCUGCUGCCCACGCUGGCCGUGCUGCCGCGCCUCGAGACGCUGGCCCUCAACGGCAACCGCCUGACGCGCGCCGUCCUCAAGGAGCUCACAGACACCCUGAAGGACCCGGACAGCUUCCCCAGUGUCACGUGGAUCGACCUGGGCAACAACGUGGACAUCUUCUCCCUGCCGCAGCCCUUCCUGGUGAGCCUGCGCAAGCGCUGCCCCAAGCAAGGCAACCUGCCCACCAUCUUGGAGUUCGGAGAGAGCCAGGCCAGUGAGCCCGAGUACAGGGUGGACGGCGACGACGAGGGCGACGACACCAACCGGACAGAGAGCACGGGCGAGCUGCGGUCCGAAGUUGAGGGAGAGCUGGAGGGGGAGAUGGACGGAGAGAUGGAGAUUGAGGAGAUGAUGGAAGAACUGCUGGAUUUUGACCGAGAGGUGCAGGGCAAGGAGGACGAGGAUGAGAGCAUGUGGACCAUGGAAGACCAACGAGUCGGUCGAAAAGUGGCACAGGAGAAGCCGAGCAAAGGGAAGAGGGGAAAGGAGGCGGUGAAAGCGGAGGAAGAGGACGACACCCAGAGUCAGUCCUCACAUUUGUCUGGCUCCAGUCCGUCCCACAAUUCCUCUGGGGCCUUUGAACUACACAAAGAGGACAGUGGGAAUGGGGCAGCACCUGCCUCAGACAGCCUCACUUGAGAUCCACGUGUCGAUUAUCUGUGCCAUUCUCUGUAAUGGGUGUGUCGUUUAGAGAGAGAACGACAGAGAGAGAGAGAGAGAACACGACAAACCUUGUCAUCUCCAGUUGUAGCUUUGGUUGGGAGAUUGCCUAAACCAAAAAGACUGGGAGUGGUCAUUGAUGGUUCAUUCUGAGGAAAUGACAAUCAGCAAAUGACAGCAACAUGUAUGAUUUCAUUAGCCCUAACAUAUAACCUAACGUGUAAUAUAGCACUGCAGUCUGAACCACUCGUUAAAUACAAAGAUUAUAUUUUACCGUAAACUGGUAUGUUUUUAAUAUAUCAUUCAGGUGUCUCUCCCCUUUAUCCUGUCCAGCUGUGGACAUAUGCCUAUGUGCCUGUGACAUUGCUACCUUGCUGUUGAAUGGAUUGUGUACUUGCAGAGUUGGAAAGUGAGGAUGAGACAGAGCGAGGCAGACAUGUCUUCACCCCCCCCCCCCCCCUCUAAUUCUCUGCCUUCAAAUCUAUGCACCCAGCUCUUAGAAAUAACCAGCACUCCCCAGGCCAUGUGCUCCUGCCCAGUAUUUCCUAAUCAAUAAAUACCGCCCAGAGCUUUUGCUUGACAGCAGGCGGAUGUGCUGAGAGCAGCUUUAAUGAAGUGUUACCUUUUGAAGAGGGGACAAACCAAAAAAGAAAAAAGAGAGAAAGAAAACACACUGAAAAGGAACAGACUAGUGAGAGAGGACGUCCCUCUUUGACAGAAUUUAAGAGCUGUACAAAAGCAAGCUGUCACUGUGAUGGGAAACAGUGCCUGAGGAAGGGAAGGGAAUGAACUAAAGAGACUCCUCUCCAUAGCUGUCUUAAGAGGCACAGCUUUUGGGCAACAGACUGACGAGGGGAGUUUCAGCUUAAAGGUGCAGUACGUGGGAUUUAGUGGCAUCUAGUGGGGAGGCUGCAGAUUGGCUUCUUUCGAGCAUGUGGCAGAAGCUAUGGUAGCCACCAGGUGUCAUAAAGAAAUGUGAAAGGGCCUCUUGAGUUUCAGCGGUUCUGUGCUACUUUAUAAACAUGUCCGUGCAACAUGAUGGAGUCUAUGUUGAUACGGACCACUUAUUGUAAGCUAAAGAAAACAACGAUUAGUCAUAGGUGAUUAUACACUGAUGAAAACAUAGUUAUGAUUAUUAUAUUUCGAUUUCUACUAACCAAUCUCCCUACAUCCUACAUUCUGCACUGUUGCAAAUUAGGACAUUUUGAUAUGUAAUUACCAGAGCCAUCCUAGCCUCGCUUGCCCCUUUAUUCAUACAUAACCUCUCACAAAUAGUAUUUCUUUUCAUUUCUAGGAAUAUUUACACAUACUUAAAUGUACCUUAUAUAAUUGAAUAUCUUUCAUAAUUGUACAGUUAUGAAGGAAGCGUGUUGUUCAAUUACUUUAGAGUGGGAUAAGAAUCUGCUUUAAACACAUGUAAAUGUAUUUUGCUAAUUAGAUGCUGCUAUCUCUGUUUGCUUAGAGGUUGUACAACUACCAAAAUCGUAUUGUGAAUAUAAUUAUAUCCCUUACAAGCUAAAUUACAGUAUUUGUGUCAAUCUUUCCCCUUAUAUUGGAGCCUCUUUUAAAUGAAUUAAACAGAUACCCAGUGUGCACUUUAAUGAAAUAUGUUUUUCAUUCUCAGGUCCUCAUAUCAUAAGGAGUGCUUUCAUCUCAGAGAAAGACAUUCUGAUAAUGUCAUUGUGGGUUUGUCAAAUAAUCAUUAGUUAACCUCAAUUAAUCAUUAGUUUAAAUGUUCAAUGAAUCUGUGAUUCCAGAUUUAGUGUAGCUGACUGAUAAUAAUGAUCUACUUCCGACAUGUUUGCACCAUGCCUAUAGUCGGUCUGGACCUAUCUGCAUCUAAAAUGAGUUGACACGAAGUAAAACUACAAAUGUAAUGUGAAGUAACAUGAACCUGAUGCAAACAAUUUUCAAAAUUGUUAAUUAACAUAAUAAAAAGACUACAUUUA